AUGAACGCAUACGGUCACAGGGCCCCUCAGUAUCCAUACUCGAGGGACGGCGCGACGAGUUACGCCGUCAACUCGUACGCGCCCAAUCCACCCCCUCACCCCGCUUCUUCUAUGGGUUCUACUCCGCAAUUUUCCCACUCGAAGUUCGGGUAUAGACACCCACGUCACGAUUCGCUCAAAUACAACUCUGUGUACCCGAAGGAGGCGCCCCCUGCCCACCUAGACUACAACCACGUCGGCUGGACCAACGCAGGCUCUGACGCGCCUCCAGACUACUACUCUAUGAACGCCCCUCCGAACGCUUCUCACGCGCCAUACUCUGACCUGAAAGAUAGUUACGCCGGCAGCCGCGCAUACAGUAAGCCAGAGGCCCCCCCGCACAGCGGCUGGGACGAUCCUGUCGUGAAUCAAUACUCGAACGUUAGACUAGCGAUGUUUUUAGAGAACUGUAACUACUCGUGCGAACUGAUGGAGUCUGACCUCAGGGAGCUGUUUUCAUACUACUCAGGAAUCAAUAGCAUCUCUAUGUCCCCAGACUACCCGGCAGCGGAGCUCAUACUCAACGACCCCAGUGCCUGCUCAGCAGCAGUCUCAGAGCUCAACGGAUUUGUACUCAACGGAAUAGGAACGCUGCGCUGCGUGCUAAUGAGGUCGGGCCAGACCCUAGACUCACUCUUGUCCAACGCAAACGUCUUUCAGCCGUAUAAAGCGCCCUCCAGCGCGUCGGACGCCCCGUCGACGCGAUACUCCUACAGCCCUGACAGCGGCCCAGCGAAGAACGGAAUUUUUCACGCACCAAAUCAAGGAGCCGCAAAGCCCCCGAGACCGAUCACACUCAACGGCGUGGAGCACGUGCCCGGAGUGAGCAACAGGCCGGACGUGAAGCGCAUGGCCAGGUUCGAGCUGACGGAGCUCUUCUCGUACGAACCAGACUUCGACGUCACGAACACGAUUCUGGGCCCGAACAACGCCAACAUCGAGUACAUCAUGAAAAACUCGGACAACAAGGUGGACAUAAGCCUUAAGGGGAAGCCCCUGAACGCAGCCCCGGUCUCAGACAGGCUGCACCUGUCGAUCACGUCCAACGACUUCUACCCCUACAACAGGGCCAUCUUCAUGGUCGAGGACCUCCUCUCGUCAGUCUGCGAAAAGUACGUCGACUACGUCAAGGCCUGUGGCCACUCCGUGUCACACCUCAUGGGCUUCCGCAGGCACGAGUACGAGCAGGACGCCGAGGGCCUGCUCGACUACAAGGGCUACGUUGACAAGGAGAAGACGUGGCUGGACCAGCUCCCGAGGCGCAUGCCCUACAAGCCAAACUACCGCAACAACUUCAAGAAGGUCAGCGACCGCAGCCGUCCGAUACCGAACGCCAGGCCAGUUGCCGCGAGAGUUGUUCCGAGUGCCAGAAACAGACCCAUGAGAAAGUAA